GAUUUUUCUCUUAUAUCCUUACUAGUUGGACCACUUGAAAUUGAAAAAUAAAUAAUCUUUCCACGUAUGUUCAAUUAAUUAGCUGCCGUGGGGACGAAAGUGAAUAGAAAUUUCAUACACUCCAUUGACAAUUGGCCUAUAAAUAAGUGGUUUCCAAUGUUAAAGAGUCGCCAAUUAUCCAAAACUCUUUAGCUUCCUCUUUAACAGAUAAUAAUAUCAACUUCAUUUCCAAAUGGCGACCAAUGUCGAAAAGUGGGCUCCCGGCGACCCCGUGCCGUACAACUACGGCAAAGACCUUACCCGCCAUGACUUCCCGGAAGGCUUUCUCUUUGGUGGUGCUACUUCUUCUUAUCAGGUGGAAGGAGCUUAUGAUAAGGAUCGCAGGGGAAUUUGUAACUGGGAUGAUUGGAGCCUUAUGCGGCCUGGUAAAGUAGCCGAUGGCGGCAACGGAACUCUUGCUAUCGAUCACUACAAUCGCGUCAAGGAAGAUAUUAAACUGCUGAAACAGACGGGAUUAGAUGUCUACAGGUUUUCCAUUUCAUGGACUAGAAUAAUCCCAGGUGGAAAAUUUAGCACUGGCGUCAACCCCGAGGGUAUCAGGUUCUACAAUGAACUCAUUGACAUGCUAAUCAAAGAAGGAAUUGAGCCAAUGGUUACUAUCUUCCACUUUGAUGUACCCAAGUGCUUGGGGGAUGAGUACGGUGGCUUCUUGGACCGCAGAAUAGUGGAUGACUAUGCCCAGUAUGCUGAAGUGUGCUUUCAAGCAUUCGGUGAUCGUGUUAAAAUUUGGACCACGAUAAACGAGCCGAGCACAUUCACGACACUUGGAUACGUAAACGGCCAAUUUCCCCCAGGCCACGGAACUCCUCCAGACGAACUCGGACACAAAGUUGUACUACACAGAUGUCAUCCGGACACUGACAAAACUUGCCAUAGAACCGAGAAUGCUGCUACCGAGCCUUACAUCGUGGCUCACCAUUUGAUUCUUGCUCAUGCUACGGCUGUUCGUAUUUAUCGUGAAAAGUAUCAGGCUGGUUCAGAGUGGUUGUACAUUGUCCCUAUUGGAAUAUACGAUCUUUUGACUUAUGCAAAGCGAAAAUAUAAAGAUCCCGCUAUUUACAUCACUGAGAACGGGGCCAGUGAAAAGAACGUAAAGAAUCUGCCAAUUCACCUCCUUUUGAAUGACGACUACAGAAUUAAGUACCAUCAGCAACAUCUUGCAUAUGUGAAGCUUGCUAUAGACACAGGGAAGGUCAACGUGAAGGGAUAUGUGGUGUGGUCCAUAUUGGACAACUACGAAUGGGCCGCGGGCUACACAGUACGAUUUGGAAUGUACUUUGUGGACUACUUAAAUGGGCUUAAUAGGUAUCCCAAGAAGUCCGCCAUUUGGUACAUGAACUUCCUUAACAAAAAGAAGCUUCCGGGACCUAAAGAUAGGGAGGUCGAGGAAAUCAAUGAAAAUGAGACGCAAGGAAAAAAGAAACGCAAGUAUUAG